UCUGCACUGGGUUACGGGAAAACGCUCUUGUUGUGCCUGUAGAUUUGUACAGGGCUGCCGUUUUACUGGCCUUACGAUACCAGGAAAAAUGUGUGAUGGAUUGGUUCAACUCCAGUCCAGCUGUCAUCCUACAAAUCUCCUCAAUGCCAUGUGGACGCUGAGGACCAUGGGGACCCUGUGUGACAUCACAGUGCAGGUAGACUGUCAAGGAGAGCUAGAGGAAUUCGAAGCCCAUCAGCUGGUCCUUGCUGCGUCCAGUGGUUACUUCAAAUCACGCCUCUUAUCCGGAAGCCAAGUUCCAAAAAUAUUUUUGUGCGACAUCACACCAGAUGCAUUCGCUAAAUUCCUGGAAUAUGUGUAUUCUGGGAAAAUAGAGGUCGAAAGAGGUUACGUCAACGUCAUUUUACAAAUGGCUAAACUGUUGGACUGCCAAGAUCUAGUGGACGCUUGUGGCUCUGAGCCUGCGAAGAACGAUGCACAAAUUCCUAGUGCUGUUUUAGAGGAGUCUCUGAAAAAAGACGGCGGGGAUUUAAACACCUCUAGUGCUCAGGUAAAGACAAAAAAAGAACGUUUGAAGAGAGGUGUGAAGAGAAAAAAGCCAUUAAAAAUGCCAGAGAAACUGGAAAAUGUGAAGGAGGUGGAUCAGGACAUCCAGGGCAGGAGAAGCAGAAGGAUAGCCGGCCGUAGAGUGUCCGUGGACUACCCCUUAAGAGCAUCAAAGACACAAACGGACGAAUCGGACACCGCAGAAGAAGAACAAACAAUGCAAGAUCCUGAGGUGGAGUCACAAGACGUGAGCGGAGAAGCAGCAGGAGAAAAAGAAAUGGCUGGAGAAAAAGAGGCUUGUGAUGACAGCGGAACCGAGUCGCCACAUUCUGCCCCUGAGGACGACCCCCAAGAAUCCGACUUCCUGCCUACUGAGGAAAUGGACGAGGCCGAUGAGGAAGAGAAGGAACCCAAAAAGGGAACAAAGUACAGGUGUGAAAAAUGCAGCAGGUCGUUCUACUACGAGAAGAGCUACUUGAAACACCUGAAUGUCAACCACGGCGUUCAGAUGGACAUCGCGCUCCGAUGCGACAUCUGCCAGCAGACGUUUCGCAACCGUUGCAAUCUGAAGAUCCACCAGCAGCACGUUCACAACGAUGAGCGGCUCUUCCCGUGUGAUAUCUGCAACAAGACCUUCAAGCGCAAGAAGGACGUGACACGACACAGACGACAGGUGCACGAGGGCGGCACAGACAGGCACUUCUGCCACAUCUGCGGCAAAUCUCUGAGCUCCAAAACAGCGCUCACUUUGCACGAGAGGACCCACUCGGGACACAAACCCUUCAAAUGUGAUGAAUGUGGAACUUGUUUCGCUCAGAGUUCAGCCCUCAAGACACAUCAGAGGAUCCAUAGUGGAGAGAAACCUUUCGCCUGUGACCUCUGUGAUGCCCGAUUUACCCAGAAUCACAUGCUGGUCUAUCAUAGGAGAUGCCACACAGGUGAAAAGCCGUUCAUGUGCGAGAUUUGUGGCAAGAGCUUCGCUUCCAAAGAAUACCUGAAACAUCACAACAGAAUUCAUUCCGGAUUCAGACCCUAUAAGUGUGAUACCUGCGAACGAGCGUUUGCUCAGAGGAACUCACUCCACCAGCAUAUGAAGACACACACAGGUGAAAGGCCAUAUCAUUGUAAGGACUGUGAUAAGCAGUUUACUCAACUCAAUGCCCUUCAGAGACACCAAAGAAUCCACACGGGAGAGAAGCCGUACAUGUGCAACAUGUGUCAAAGAACAUUUACAGAUAAAUCCACCGUACGCCGACACACAAUGACACACGACAAACAAACUCCAUGGAAGAACUUCCUGGUUGUUUUGAAGGGAAAUGUUGAAGAUAGAGUGAAGAAAACAAAAGGUUCCACUCAAAAGAAGGAGAAGACGCCGACGGUUCUUGAACCGCAGAGCGACACUGAAAAAACCCAAGAGUUGGUCACUGUGUCCGGGCAGCCCGUCAACAUUUCAGGAGACUGGGCCGGGUCCGGUGCCAUCGCGCUGCUCAGUCACACCGCACUGGGAGGCCUCACGGUCAUCCAGACCGAACUGCCUGUGGGCACGCAGCUACAGCCCAUAGUCACUGCGGACGGCACCAGCGUCAUCUCCCUGGACGCCUCGGCGGUCCCGUUCAACGUUCCCAUCUCCAUGGCACAUUCCAUCACCGUAUCUCCAUCGAUAUCCGCUUCAGUCCCCGGGCAGGGUUCCGACGUCAUCUUAGCUCCCAUUGUGUCUGCGACUACAGCAGAAGAGGGAACCGUAGAGAGCAUUCUGGCUGCGGCUGCGGUUCCUCUGACUGCUUCUGAUGAAUGUAUAACAGUGCAGGCUGAGGAAGCGAAUGCUUCAGACGGUCAACAGGAUUGCGCUGAAGACGCACAGAGUGCUGACGGUUCAAACAGUAUGGAAAUCUCAAUAGCAGAAAGCGCAGAGUAGUUUGGGUCACAUUUCUGUGCUCUAUCUUUAGUUUUCUGUACUUAUUGAUCAUGAUUGAAUUGUAUUACCAAUGAGAAAGCUGUAAAUGCUUUUCGGGGAAAGAAAGCUUAAAGGGAUCAUUUCAUAAGGUCAAAUGCCUAUUAUGAUUGGUACAAUAAGUUAUGUUGAUUAUAUUUAACUGGUUUAGUUUCUGUGUUGAUGUAUAUCAUAUACAGCUUUUUCGUUUUAUUUCUAAGGUUUUUUUCUUUUUAAAACUGCUGUUUACAGUAAUUGUGUUAAAGAUCAGCACCUAAUCUUGUAACACAGUUUGUAAAUCCCCCUUUUUUUGUAUUCUGUUGUGUAAUGAAUUUGCUCAAUGAACUUUCCCUAUCUACAGUUAAUAAUAAAAGUGUUGAAUUCA